UUUAUUAUCUUGUUUAUAACCUUAAUUCUGUUUUCCUAGGUCGAAAAAAUGGCCAAGAAAAAAUAUUUAGAUAGGACUGCACAAUCCAUAGUGUCUACUGGAAGUGAAAAAGUUUCCUUGUUGAAUAAAGAUUCUCGGUGGAAAACAGAUGAAGAAGGCAGUUCUAGCAGUGCUGGGACAGAUCUUGAACAUGGAGAAGCAGAGGCUGCCAAUGUUGGAUUCUGUAGAGUAUUUCUUCUGUCGAAGCCAGAUACAGGAAAGCUAGUUAUUGCUACUAUUGCAUUGCUGAUAGCGUCAACAACAAAUCUUCUCACGUAUAGCAUUCUCAUUUCACUUCCAAAAUUUGGUGGCAUGGUAAUUGAUAUUGUAUCAAGAGAAAUACGAACUCCUCAACAGCAAGCUGAAGCAUUAGAAGCUGUGAAAAAUACGAUAUUGGCUAUUAUCUUGAUAGUUGUUACCGGCUCUCUGUGCACUGCAUUACGGACAUGGCUGUUUUCUUCAGUCAGUGAAAGGGUUGUUGCUCGUCUGAGAAAGAAUUUGUUUAGUCACCUUAUCCAGCAAGAAAUUGCAUUCUUUGAUGUGACUCGAACGGGAGAACUGUUAAGCAGGCUAUCAGAAGACACUCAAAUAAUUAAAAAUGCUGCAACUAUCAACCUAUCAGAAGCUUUAAGAAACCUAACAACUGCACUUAUUGGGAUUGGAUUCAUGUUCUCAUCAUCCUGGAAGUUGACAUUGCUGUCUCUUGUUGCUGUGCCUAUCAUUUCCAUCGGUGUUCGUAAAGUUGGGUGCUAUCUAAGGGAGCUGUCACAUGAAACUCAAGCAGCUGCUGCAGUAGCUGCCUCCAUUGCUGAGGAAUCUUUUGGGGCCAUCAGAACAGUGAGAUCAUUUGCAAAAGAACAAUAUGCAAUAUCAGGUUACUCAGACAAGGUUGAUGAGACCCUUAAGCUAGGACUUCGACAAGCAAAAGUGGUUGGUCUAUUUUCGAGAGGGCUAAGUGCAGCAUCAACUUUGUCGGUUAUUAUCGUGGUGAUUUAUGGAGCUUAUUUGGCUAUUACAGGCUCCAUGACUGCAGGAUCUCUUACAUCCUUCAUUCUUUAUAGCCUCACAGUUGGUUCAUCGAUAUCGUCUCUAUCAGGUUUAUAUACAACAGCAAUGAAAGCGGCAGGAGCGAGUAGGAGGGUUUUUCAGCUUCUAGAUCGCGUCUCAAGCAUGGCUACAUCAGGAGACAAGUGCCCUAUACGUAACCCUGAUGGAGACGUUGAACUGGAUGAUGUAUGGUUUGCUUACCCUUCUCGCCCAAGUCAUAUGGUACUCAAGGGUAUAUCGCUAAAAUUGAGACCAGGAUCAAAAGUUGCUCUUGUUGGUCGGAGCGGGGGAGGAAAAACAACAAUUGUUAACUUGAUAGAGAGGUUCUAUGAUCCACUUAAGGGGAAGAUACUGCUAAAUGGUGUUUCUUUGGUGGAAAUAUCACAAGAAUCUUUACACAAAAAGGUUAGUAUAGUGAGCCAGGAACCUGUUCUUUUCAACUGUUCAAUAGAAGAGAACAUUGAAUAUGGGUUCGAUGGCAAAGCAAGCAGCACUGACAUAGAAAAUGCAGCUAAAAUGGCUAAUGCUCAUGACUUUGUAGAAUCCUUUCCGGAUAAAUAUCAAACUGUAGUCGGAGAACGUGGACUAAGGUUAUCUGGAGGGCAAAAGCAGAGAAUAGCAAUUGCCAGGGCCUUGCUGAUGGACCCUAGAGUUCUGCUUCUUGAUGAAGCUACUAGUGCUCUAGAUGCCGAGAGCGAAUACCUUGUACAAGAUGCUAUGGAUUCUUUGAUGAGAAGCAGGGCAGUACUUGUAAUAGCACAUAGGCUAUCUACCGUGAAAAGUGAAGACAUAGUUGCUGUUGUUUCUGAUGGCCAAAUUGCAGAAAGUGGAAGCCAUAAAAAGCUUCUUGUCAGUGAUGGAAUUUACACUGCUCUUGUUCGACGACAAUUACAAGCUCCAACAAACUGAAAGUUGUAUCAGGGACAAUGCAAUAUGAAUAAAUCGUGCACGCGCUGUGGCAAAUUCAAGAUUUAUGCGGGCUGAUUGAAUUGUGUGUUCGUGUUGUGUUGUGUGAACCUGCAGCUCGAAAGAGAACAAAGAGAUUGACUGGGUAGUAGAGUCGUGGAUACGAUUGUUUCUUCCAUAUUUUACACUAUGUAUGAAUGGAAUGAACGGCAUAAACAAGAAUUCUUUUAACAGCAAACAAUCAGUUUAAAAAUUUACCAUUAAGAAAUACUGAAUUCUCU